AUGAUGCCUGGAGGUGGUCAGGAGGUCUUAUUCUACUUCUAUGUGCUGGACAGAGCCGUUCAUGUCAGAAGCUACGUCAUGAUGCUGAAGAUGACCAAGCUGAGCAGCGUGUUCUUGCACUGUUGUCUACUCCAAUACUAUCACAACAAGCAAGAGAACGACAGACAAGAGCUAGAGGGCUGGAGGACGUGGAUAAGCAGCACAGGCUGGGUCGUGAGGAGCGACGGGUACAGGGCAGACUGGAGGGAGUGCGAGGAGGGCUGGAGCGAGGAGCUGAGAGAGGGUUUCCGAGGGCUGGAGGAGUGCGAGAGGCCUGGAGGGUAUAGAAGCUUCGAGGCGUUUGUGAAGGAAGGGGGAGGCGAGAGCAACAAGACAAGAAGACUGACGACCGGCGGCUCGUCUGCGGCUUCGGCUUCUAGGGUGGGGUCGGAUAGUCUAGACGAGAGGAGGAAGCAUCGAGACGAGGAGGCCAGCGAGCAAGUGAUGAUGACGUCAGCACAUGAAAGGAUUGAGCAUGGGCAUGGGCAUGGGCAUGAAAGGGAUGAUCACGACAAGCAGCAGGCGACUCUGACGCCAGGCCUGACAGCAAGCAAGAGACAAGAGAAGGAGAAGCGAAAGCCAGAGGAAGGAGAGGCCGAUAGGCUACAUGACGAGCAGAGGAAGAAGAGAAGAAGACAAAUCGAGGGAGAGGAGGCGCAAGCACUAGUCAAGCUAUCGCUAGACCAGGGAGAUCAACCCGACGAGCUGAAGGAGAGAAACCCAAGUCAAUGCGAACGCGCGCAAGAAGCUCAGAGCAGACCAGCAGACAAGGCUGAGGCGGACUCUGAGGUCGGUUUACAGCAGCUGCAUGAGCUUGAAGAAGCUUCAAUCCCCGAGUCAGGCAAGGCGAAACAAGGCGAGGACUCGUCAUCGUCAGACUCAGGUCGGUGGACGCUUCCUCCUGACAUGCGCGACACGCUCCAGGUCUUGUACCUCAGUCGCUCCCAAGACUCGGACAUGACGGCAGGUCACGGGCGAGUGAGCGAGCUCUGCCUGGUAGUGUCGAUGAGGACGAUCGCGAGGGAGUGGGAGCUCGCGUACAAGCAGGACAUGCUCGCCCGGCCUGACGUGCUGCGGAGGGUCGCAGAGCAGAUCGGCGGGGGCAGCCCGAGGUCUCCCUUGUCAGGGCUGCUAGCGAGGGAGACGAAGGAGGCGUGCGGUAGACGCAUCGCAAACGUGCUCGAAGCCGUCCAGGUGACGUCAUCGGAUGCAGUUUCAGGAAGAUCGGCAGCAUCAGCGAGAAGGUCAAGAGGGAGGUCAGAGGGAGGGAACGCGAAGUUCUCGAUAGAGGAAGGAGAGGAAGCUAUCUUCGGGAGGCUGGAGGAGUUUCACGGGGGCCUCAUCGAGCGCAUCGGGCUGCCCAGCAUAGACCUGUGGAAGGGGCUAGAGGACGAGCACUGCCACAGGAAGGACUCGGAGGAGCCGUUCACUCCGCCCAACCACAACGAGGUCACGACGCCCAAGCGCGAGUGGGAGGCCGUGACAGACCCGAGCAUGCGGCGGCAGCUCUCGCAGGGGAUCAGACGCAUCCGCGACGUGGAGGGCUUGAUGGCGGAGGAGCGAGUGAAGGAAGCAGGGCUGCGGAAGGAGGAAGUCGUCCCGCUGCUGCUCUACACAGGUAGAGGAUGA